CAUUUUGAGGGUCACUGGUCGACGCCUAGUGGGCACGACGACGCCCUAUUAACGUUACAACUCUUUUUGUCUUUGUUAUGUAGUCAAAAACCGUUUUUUAACGCAAAAAAUGCGAGUGAAAACCUCUUCCAAUGGAUAAUUGACUAAAAUCGUUGAAAAUUUAAGGCUUCCAAGAUUGGUUAUUCGCAAUAAUUUAGUCUAAUUGUUAAACUUCCAAUCAAAAUAAUGGACAAAUGCAUGUCACUAGAGUUAGAUAUUGGAUCUUGGCAAUAUUGUUGUUUUUAUAUAUAGCAGGGGUCUUAUUUCUAUCAGCGGUCACUCUACAUGAACCCAAAAAUUUACCAAAACAAACGGAUCGUAAUCAACGUUUGAAAAACUACGAAUAUGGUUUUCCGGGUCUUCGACCCCCUCUUCGUCGUUCUAAAAUUCAGUGGUGUUCCGAUUUGAAAUACAUUAAUCCCGCCAAAUCUCCCGUCGCUUUGGUUUCAUUUCCCGGAAGCGGAAACACAUGGUUACGCUAUUUACUACAACAAGCUUCCGGUUUUUAUACUGGUUCGGUUUACAAAGAUUACGGUUUAUUGAAAAAUGGUUUUCCUGCUGAAAACAUCGCAAAUGGUUCGGUGCUUGUGGUAAAGACCCAUGAAUGGGGUCACAAUGCCCGGAGGAUUUUCUCAAAAGCAAUUUUAUUAGUCCGGGCACCCGGAGCAGCGAUCCAAGCCGAAUUUAACCGACAAAGUGGCGGCCAUAUUGGAUUUGCGUCACCGGAUAGGUAUAAAAGGACCAAAGGGAAAUAUUGGCAACAAUUCGUCAAUGAUAAACUCGAAGCGUGGAAACAAACCAAUCUAGACUGGUUGUAUAAUUUCACAGGACCAACACAUGUCAUUUUUUAUGAACAACUUGUCGAUAAUCUUGAACACACCCUUAAGACGAUUAUAAAUUUUCUCGACAUAUCACCACCGAAUGAAGAUUUGUUUAAAUGUGCUCUCGAACGAAAAGAAGGGAUUUAUCGGAGGAAAAGACGAGUGCUCAAUUUUGAUCCGUAUACGGACGAGAUGAAACGGAAAUUGGAAAAAACACAGAAAAAAGUUUACGAAGCGAUUUAUAAUUUUGCGACGCCGAGUUGAACAACGUUGCGACAAUAAGGCCUAAAAUGAGUGGCCAAAUUUUGUAGUAGCUCCCUUAUUCAUGUAAACGGUGGCAAUCAACACAAUUAUAGGCCUAAAAUAUUAUACAAAA